CAAUAAACAGCUGUCAACUCAAUUCUAUUAGCGAAACGUCAUCACUUAUUUGUCUAUUGAGUAAAAAUUGUCGUGAUUGCGUGGAAAAUUGUAUAUUUUCAAUCAUAAUUUUCUGUACAAAUACACAAUAAUAUGGAGUAAAUAGUGUUAAUUGUGUUGUAAAGUUGCAGGAAAAUAUAAUAGUAUAUAUUAUUAUAUUACAACAAGUGAACGUUAAUCGCGAAGCUACUAACGAAGUACGUGUGUGUGUUUCGGUGCUUCUGCUGCGGUGGAAUCCGUUGCUUAGAAGAAAAAAUUUAUACAAAUUUAAUUGCAAAUUUUACUAAUAAUGACGUUGCCCGGUAAUGGAAUCUUCGUGGUGCGGGAGCAAAUGUCCACGCUAAUGACGGCAAUGCGCCGUGGCUCGCGUUGGAACUCUACCGCCUACGUGGACGAAGAAAAGGAUGGUUUAAUGAAAUUGUUCGUUAAUCUUAAGGAGAUAUUGAAAGGUGUUGAAGACUUAAGAUUGAUAGAUCCCAAUAUAUUUCUGGCGCCAUUUUUGGAAGUGAUACGAACAGAUGAGACUACGGGUGCGGUCACCAGCUUAGCGCUGGAAGCGAUUAAUGAAUUUCUUUCAUCAGGAUUAAUUGAUCCCACCUCAACCAAUCUCGCUGUUACAGUGGAGAAUAUAGUCGAUGCAGUUACACAUGCCCGCUUCAUGGGCACCGACCAGUCAUCAGAUGGCGUUACACUCUUCUGCGUUGUUGAAGUUUUACACACACUUAUGCGUUCGCCCGAGGGUUCCGUGCUCAGCAAUGAAGCCGUGUGUGAGGUUAUGCUGAGUUGUUUUAAAAUAUGUUUUGAACCGCGCCUAAAUGAACUGCUGCGUCGUUAUGCUAAAAAGGCUUUGAAAGAUAUGGUGUGGUUGCUCUUCAUGCGUUUGCCACAAUUCUCUGAAGAUCGUAAUGCUGCAAAUAUUUUGCGCAAAUUCCAAAUGAUCGCCACCACUAUGGACCAGAACAAAAAUAAACAACGUAAGAAAGUAACGAAAGUCGCUCAGACUAUAGCGAAAUCUGAAAUAGAGCGUAAACUUUCGGCAACGGCUGCGAUUGAUCCGCAGAGUCCACAUUUGCAUGUACCACACGCCAAAGGUUUACCUUUAGCAACUACGCCAGCUACUCCAGCGGGCAAUAUACUUGAUAUGCAGGGAAAAAUUACACAGACACCAACAACAGCUCCAGUUAGCACGGAUGUUGAUGGCACUACGGAACCCACAAUAAAUAUAGAACAUUGCGAUGACCAAUCUGAUGGUGUAGAGAGUGAUACGCAAGCGCAGCCCUUGAUUGGUGCUGAGCAGCAAAAUAGCGAAGCUAGCGCAAGCUUAGCAAUACCCACAACAGAUGGCGAAGAAGCCGCUUUGCAGUCGAAUGGUGUUGGCAGCAGUGAAUAUAUUAAUUCUGUAGGCGUACGCUUUACACAACAAAACUCCAUUGAUGGCUCAGAAGGUUCAGCAUCUUUGCAGCCUUAUGGUCUACCAUGCAUUCAAGAGCUUUUCCGCUUCCUUAUACUACUGUGCAAUCCUUUAGAUAAACAAAAUACGGACACCAUGAUACAUAUGGGUCUGAGUCUGCUUACAGUAGCUUUUAAAGUGGGCGCUGAUAAUAUUGGCAAAUACGAUACAUUGUUGGAACUGGUGAAGGAUGAUUUGUGCAGGAAUUUGUUUGCAUUAAUGAACUCGGAGCGCUUAACUAUCUUCGCUGCUGACUUGCAGCUCUGCUUUCUGGUUUUUGAAUCGCUUCGUGGCCAUCUGAAAUUCCAAAUGGAGGCAUACCUCAAAAAGCUGUCUGAGAUUAUUGCCAGCGAUAGCCCCAAAACUCCUUAUGAAAUGCGCGAGCUUGCGCUGGACAAUCUGCUACAAUUGUGGCGUAUACCAGGUUUCGUCUCAGAGCUGUAUAUUAAUUACGAUUGCGACCUCUACUGCACUGACCUCUUUGAAGGUCUUGUUAAUUUGCUCUCCAAAUAUACACUCUCCGCCACAAAUGCUGUUUAUAGCACACACAUAAUUUCAUUAGACACGCUUACCUCCGUUAUUGAGAAUAUCGAACAAAAUUGCAUAGCUUCAAAGAAUGUUAGCAAUGAAGAUGGCACCACUGGCGUGGGUGUCACUUCCUCUAGUCGCCAUUCGCGUCAUAAUUCCGAGUUGGAGGGUAUAAUUAUCGAUGGCAAUAAUGAUGAUAACAAAUCGGUUGUAGAAAAUAUUUCAAAAUUCAUAAAUAGCUCCUCACGUUUACGGCUGGGCGCUGGUGGUGUACCCAAUGUGGGUCUCACACGUGAAUACCUCACCAAUGUGAAGGAGAAGAAACGUGUCUUAACACAAGGCACCGAAUUAUUCAAUCAACGUCCCGAUAAGGGCAUACAGUAUUUGCAGGAACAUGGCAUACUCAGCGCCCAACUCGAUCCCAUGGAGGUUGCUUUGUUUUUACGUGAAAAUCCUGGCUUGGAUAAAAAAAUGAUUGGCGAAUACAUAUCAAAGAAGAAGAAUGUGGAUUCGAAAAUUUUAAUGAAUUUCGUAGAUUCGUUCGAUUUUGCAGGCUUGCGCGUCGAUCAAGCCCUACGUUUAUAUUUGGAAACCUUCCGUUUGCCAGGUGAAGCACCGCUCAUAUUUCUGGUGCUAGAACAUUUCGCCGAUCAUUGGCAUAAACAAAAUAACGAGCCGUUCGCCAACACAGAUGCCGCUUUCAGUUUAGCUUAUGCCAUUAUAAUGUUAAAUAUGGACCAGCAUAACUCAAAUGCUAAGCGUUUGAAUGUGCCUAUGACACAAGAGGACUUUUUGAAGAACUUACGCGGUUUGAAUGGUGGCAUAGACUUUGAUCAGGAGAUGCUUUCAACCGUUUUCAAUGCUAUUAAGAAUGAGGAAAUUGUUAUGCCUGCUGAACAGACAGGUCUGGUACGCGAGAAUUACUUAUGGAAAGUAUUGUUGCGUCGCGGUGUUGGCCCAGAUGGUGCUUUCAAAUAUGUGCAGGAUGCAGCUUACGAUCUGGAGGUCUUCAAUUUGCUUUGGGGUGCUUCUUUGAGCGCAUUAAGCUUUAUGUUUGAUAAGAGCUCGGAGAAUGGUUAUCAGCGUAUAUUGGCUGGUUUCACAAAAUGCGCCGGUAUUGCAGCUCACUACAAUUUGCAUGCCAAUUUUGAUGCCCUCAUUCUUACGCUCUGCAAAUUCACUACACUUUCGAACCUCUCCCAACCGGAGGCACCCACCGUCUCCAACAACGAACUCACACAAUCGGUUAAUUUCGGUUUCAAUGGCAAAGCUCAAGCCGCAAUGCGUACAGUCUUUGCGCUGGUACAUGAUUAUGGUGAUUGCUUGCGCGAAGGUUGGAAGCACAUCCUGGAAUUAUUCCUACAAUUGUUCCGUUUGAAAUUGCUACCAAAAUCUCUAAUCGAGGUGGAAGAUUUCUGCGAGGAGAACGGCAAGACGCAACUGAAAUUAGAGAAGCCAAGUCAAAAGCAAGAAGCUAGUCUCUUCUCUAGUCUCUACUCAUAUCUCUCUUCGGAGGGUCAACGCGAGCCAACUUACGAUGAGCAAGAAUUCAUAAAGAUGGGCAAAAAGUGCAUAAAAGAAUGCCAGCUAGAUCAGAUGAUACAAGAAUCGAAGUUUGUGCAGCUGGAAUCGCUGCAAGAGUUGCUCAGAAAUCUUUUAGCACUCAUUAAACCACCCACAGCACACAAGCUGGACGAGAGUGCUGCACCGUACGCCGAAGACGUUGUUGUCUUCUGGAUGGAGUUGCUCGUGAAGAUUGUCAUACAAAAUCGCGAUCGCAUGGUGGGCUUGUGGCCGGAUGUACGUGAUCGCAUCUAUCUGCUGCUAAUCGGUGCCACCACCUUCGACUAUGAAUAUUUGCUCAAUCGCAGCAUAGUGGCUGUGCUGAAGUUGGCCAUUUACUUGAUGCGCAACGAAGAACUCUGCCCAAUUGUGCUGCAGUCACUUAAAAUGCUGCUCACACUGAAGUCACCUGUAAUCUUACGCAUUUCGCGACAGAUUUCUACAGGCGUUUAUGAGUUGCUCAAGACUUCGGCGCAAAAUAUACACUCCGAACAAGAUUGGCAGAUAAUAUUUACCAUACUAGAAUGUGUAGGCGCUGGCGCAGUGCCGCCUGAAUUUGUUGACACCAAUUUGCCACAGCUGCCGGCUGAGUUGGCUGGUGGUGUUGUGGGAGUUGCGGCGAGCUUGGAUGGAGCUUUGAGCAGCGAGGAGGAUUCUGGUUUACCAGAUCGUGGCUAUUUAUCCGAUACAGACGCGAGUGGCAAGCAACAACAGCAGCAGCAGCCACAGCAAACGCAAGAACAACAGCAACAACAAUCACAGCGAACAAAUUCCACCACUAAUAGUUCAUUUCCUUCGAGUCCAACGGCGGAGAAUUGGAUUUUGGUGAACAAAGAUAGCGAUUUGUCAACGCAAUCGCGCCCACAAUCCCCACCGACUGCAAUAGCUGCCAGCUUAUCAGCACCCGCAACCGCUGCCUCGCCGCUCAUCUAUAACUGUAAGCUGGGUGAGCACUCGCCCAUUGCGCUCUUCAAAUGCUGGGACUCGCUUGCAUUCAUCGUGCGCAAUGUCGCACACAUCACACCCUACAACUUCGAGUCGUGUGUGUGUUGCAUACGCACUUUCGUUGAAUGCUGCCGUGAUGGUGGCAUUGCACAGCGUCGAAAACUCGAAGCAGAGCUGUCUGCCAGGACGGCCAAUGCAAACACUGCUGCCGCGCAGCGUCGUAAGGUUUCGGUUAAGCGAAAUGAACGUGAGGCGCAACGUAAGGCAAAUGCUGGUGGCGAUUAUUAUGGUCAAGAUCAACGUGGUGGCGAUCCUAAAGAGGAGGAUUUGCGACAACGCUAUGAAACGCUCUCAAUACAAUUGAUUGACCUCAUGUAUACGCUGUAUACGCGUACAGCGCAAAUAUUUCGCUGGUGGGCCGAGGAGGAGUGUGCCGUGCCGCAGUGUUCCGCCUUGUGGGCGCAAGGUUGGUGUCCACUUCUGCAGGGUAUUGGACGUCUUGCCAUGGAUCGUCGCCGUGAAGUGCGCACUUAUGCUAUAUCCUGCUUGCAGCAACGCGCAUUGCUUGUGCACGAUUUGCAGACAUUGUCGGGCGUUGAAUGGGCAUCGUGUUUCAAGCAGGUUUUAUUCCCGCUGCUCAACGAAUUAUUGCCGGAGAGUGCUUCGGUGGCGCAUUUAGAGAUUGUAUUGUUGGAGGAGUCGCGUAUACGUACGGCUACUAUUAUGUCGAAGGUCUUCUUACAUCAUCUGACACCUUUAAUUGAAUUGGGCACGGCUUUCAAUGAGCUCUGGGUGGAUAUACUGGAUUAUAUUGAGAAGUUUAUGAAGGUCGGCUCAGACAUGCUCUCGGAGCAGAUGCAGGAAAUAUUGAAGAAUAUGUUGUUGGUAAUGCAUUCGGUGCGAGUGUUCCAUAAUGAUGAUGGCACGUUGCAGUUGGCGUUGUGGGAUUUGACUUGGAAGCGUAUUGGCGAAUUUUUGCCAAUCAUCAAGGAGGAGCUGUUCCAUGAUGAAGAUAAGCGCGCUCAAGUAAUGUCGGUGACCAAUGCCGCAUCCCCGCCACCACCGCCGGCGGCAGCAGCUGCAGCAGCAGCAGCAGAAAGUCCAACAUCGGCGAACAGCAAUGCAGCAAUUAAAACAACAGCAGAUACCCAGCAGCCUGUCUUGUUGCCACCCACGCCAUUGAUGCUGCCAGGAGAUAUCCAAACGUACAGUGCGACAACUUUUGCUGGAGAAACAGCAGCAGCAACAGCAGCGCACACGCAACGACCACACUCAGCAGAGUUGUUGACCAGUACACAGCGACGUAUCGGCGAGUCCACAUCGCCACGUCAUUCAUUGGCCGCAUCGCCAAUCACCACUAAUCCACUGUUGUUAGUGAGUGAUGCGCCUAUUUUAGUGCGUCCAGUGCCCAGUAGUGCUGCGAAAACGGUGGUGGAGACUUCUACUCAGCCCCUGGUGGUGCCAACAGUUGCCGCACCAGCUAUUUUACCUGAUUUAGUGCAUGACACUACACAAGUUGGCGCUCAUUUGCCGGUUGCCGUUGAAAAGCAAACGGACAGCGCGUCCAUAACGGUGCAACAACCGUUGGUCGUCAACAACACCGUGCAGAGUAAUAUUUACAGUAGUUAUUCAUAUGCUAUUGAGCUGCCCGAGACGCCGCCAGUUGCUGCUAUUACUCACGCAGAACACCAACAACAUGAACAACAGCAGCAGCAACAACAACAGCAACAAUUGCAUCAGCAACAUACAGAUUACGCUGCUGCUCAGACACUUGUCUCACAACAGUACCAAUUCCAAGAACAAUUAUUCCAACAACUGCAACAGCAACAACAACAACAACACACUUUAUACAAUCAACAUUCGCUUGAGGUCCAACGGUCCGUCACUAUGCCACACACAGCGGACGGACAGCAGUUGGGACAACAACAGUCCGUUGUAGACCACAAGCCGGUCGAUAAUGUGCCAAUACCUAGCAACCAACAACAGCAACAAUCCUACUACACCAGUGCACCUUAUGUUGCAAUGCAAAAUUUGAAAUCGCAACAACAACAACAACAGCAACUUCAACUACAAACAAAUCCUGCCAUUGUAUCGAGCUUCGCCACGCAACCAAUGCAAUAUCAUCCCACACUACAGCAGCAACAGCAGCUGCAACAACAAAGUGGCGAAAUGGAUAUCUAUCAAGAAUAUCUUAAAAAUCCCUAUAAUCUCUCAGCGCCCAGUGGUCGUGCGGAGCUUUCAACGCCACCCACAGCGUUGACAAAUGUUUUUGCUGCAUCACCAGCGAGUUACUUUAAUGCGAGCGUAGAUCCCAGCUCAAUACCGCCCGGUUCGGAGAUGCUCUACGGUCAGCCAUAGAGUGGGUAGCUGAAGAAAAUUGUAGUUAAUUACAUAUAACGAAUUAUAAAUACAAAUAUACAUACGUACAUACAAAUGACUAAGUAUGCCUACAAGUGAAGUUUGCUGCAAGCAACACGUUAAAAUGAAAACUUUUGGAAUUAUAAUUUUUAAUUAAAAAACAAAAACAAAUAAAAAGUUUAUGUUUACUUCCACCCUUUAUGAUUUAAGCGUAUUAACGCAUUUACGCAAAGGAAAUUCCAUAAGAAUUUUAAGUAAGUGCAAUAUACAAGAAAUUUGGAAAGGUAUUGUGAGCAUAUAAAAUUAUUAUUAAUAAAAAAGUAAGUUCGCGAAAAUGAGGCAAAUUGCAAAGUGAAAAAAUGUAAACGAAACGCGAUUUGCAGCGAUUUGCCAUUAUUGAUUUGUCAAAACAUGUUUUAUUGUAUUUUUUACACAUCCAAAUUUAUAUAUAUAUAAAAUUUUAAAUAUUUACACAUACAUCU